AUGGUGAAGAUGAGUCUGCGUGUGUGGACGGCGCACACGCUCACAGCUCUGCUCUUCUGCUGCGCUGCGGCUCAGUACUCCAGCGACCAGUGCAACUGGAGAGGAAGUGGUUUGAGCCAUGAGCGGCACCGGCGUGAUGUGGAGCAGGUGUAUCUCCGCUGCUCACAGGGCUCUCUGCAGUGGCUCUAUCCCACAGGAGCCAUCAUCCUAAACCUACACCCAAACUCUGAACCCCUGUCCAGCGGCGAGGCCAGAGGUCACGCAUGCAUCAAACCCCGCACUGACUCACAGGGGUCUCACAUAUAUCUGGAGCGAGCGGGUGAUCUGAAGUUGCUGCUGUCAGAAGAGCAACAGGCUCAGGGUGUGGUGCACUGCUUCAGCCUGACAGAGGGGGCGCUGUUUGUGGAGGCGGCCACGCACUCAGACAUCAGCCGCAGGAUCACGGCCUUUCAGUAUGAGCUGCUGAGCGGACACCCAGGGACGCACAUGAUCCCCUACCUGCUCCAGGGGCCCGAUACAUGCAAACCUUGUUCAGAUGAAGAGGUCCUCAUGGCCGUGUGCACCAGCGACUUUGUGGGCGUUGGAGUGUUUCACAGAGCUGCAGCAGGUUCUGACUCUCACACUGUGGCUGAGGUGGCUCUGAGUCGACUGCUGCGUCAGAAAAGUAGGUUGUUUGUGAGAGCUGGAGGCAGAGGGCGCAGCUGGACAGGCCGGGUCCAUGUGCCCACACAGUGCCCCCUUCCUCCUCAUCGAGACCAGUACCUUCUGACCGGGGCGGUUCACUUCGGAGAGGCCUGGCUCGGCUGUGCACCUCGAUACAGAGACUUCAGGGCUCUGUAUAAACGAGCUCAUGACGAAGGGAUCAACCCCUGUGAAAUCAACAUUUAUUAA